AUGGCGCCUAACUCCCCGACGGUCCGACGGCCCGACUUCCUACAUCUGAUUGAGCAGCACGUCCACGUCGGAAUCGUCGGUGCAGGAAUAGGCGGGUUGGCGGCUGCCAUCGCCUUCCGUCGCGCAGGUGUGGAUGUCACCGUCCUGGAAGCCGCUGAGGAAUUGCUCGAGAUUGGAGCCGGGAUCCAAAUGACGCCAAACGUAUCGGUCCUCCUUCAGAGAUGGGGCGUCGCCGACGUGAUCGGCGACAACUUGGUCCAGAUCGAAGAACUCAACAUGCGCCGCAAAGAUGGUACCAUUGUCGGCCAUACCGAUAUACCUGUUGUCGAAAGGGCAUUGGGGAGACCGUGGUGGCUUGUUCAUCGUGCUCAUUUACAUGAUGGUCUUGCGGUGGUGGCAAAGAGGCUGGAAGCCGUGAUUCAUAUAAAUAGUCGCGUUGUGUCGCUUGAGUAUCAGGCUGGGGGUGAGGUUACAGUGAAGACGCAGAAGGGAGAUACUUAUCAGUUCGAUCUGUGUGUGGGCGCGGAUGGUGUGAAUAGCAUUGUGCGAAGAACGCUGUUCCCGGAAGUCAGACCGGAUGCUAAAACGACCAACUGUGCGUACCGGGCGGUUAUACCGUACGAGCGGAUCCGCCAAGAUGCUAUUGCGAAAGAGAUUAUUCAGAAGCAGACGAUGGAGGUCUGGAUGGGGCAUAAUGCCUACAUAAUUACAUAUCCCAUCAGUGGAGGUGAAGUGUUUAACCUUGUGCUCUCGCAUCAUCGUCCGGAGAAGGUGUAUGCCACGCAACCGGAUGUCGCUAUUGAAGAAUUGCGGAACGAGUACAAGAGCUUUGAUCCUCGGAUCAAGCGCAUUGUCGACAUGAUUCCUGAAACGUCUCGCUGGCCUCUGUUAGUGACCGGCCCAUUGAAGUCAUGGUCCUCACCCCAGAAAAACAUAGUGUUGAUGGGCGACGCAGCACACUCAAUGGUAAAUCACAUGGCACAAGGAGCCGCUACGUCCAUGGAAGACGGAGCGUUCCUCGCAAAGUGCGUCGGCGCAGUCGCUCUCGGAAAUCUAAGUCUCCGCGAGGCCAUCAAUAUUUAUGAAGUCGAACGGAUGCCAAAGGCCUUUCUGAAACAGCAGGUAUCGUUUCUCAAUGGUGCUAUCUGGCACUUACCGGAUGGUCCUAAGCAACAGGCCCGCGAUGCAGCAAUGGCGCCGGAGCUUGAAGGGAAAUAUCAGGUCCGCAGUAGUAAUCUUUAUGGCGACCCGCAGACAGUUCUGGAUGUAUACGGGUAUGAUGCUGAAAUCCAUGCGGAGGAAGCUCUGGUACAAUUUGCCAAUGGGGGAAGUGUUGUGUAUCCGGGAACUGGCAUAGUUCCUGGCCUUGAGGACAAGUAUAUGGGUUGGUUUAUGAAGCUCCCUGCAAACCAGCCACACCCGAGGCUUUGA